GGCAAGUGAAAAAUACCUACAAUGUUUAUUAUUAUUGAAUUAAACCGAUCCAAAUGAAACUUUGGUUGAAAAAAUGCGUAAGUAUUUGUGUAAUCGAAUAUUAUUAUCAUAAAACUAUACAAUAUUUUAAAUUUAAAUCAGCCAUGUAAGAAUUAUCAAAUAAUAUUUUAAACAAACAAAAUUGAUUCAAGUGUGUGUAUAGUGAAUACCUACUGUAUGUAAAGUAUAAUUUAGUUUUUGCACUAUUGAAUUUUUAUUUGGUUCUCUUUUAUUAGGCUCUUGAUUGGUAUGUAUUUUAAUAAUGGUAUUUUAUCUAGAUUUAUAUGAAUUAGUCAAUUAUUUAAGACAGUAGUGGAAAAUCUGUGUUAAAGUUACUCUGCCAUAAUUAUUAUUAGUACCUACCUAUCUACAUAAUGAAAAUAUCUUGUAUGUCCUGACAGAUCAAUUCUUAAAUUGAACUUUUAUGUUUUUGGUUUAAAAAGGUAGCUUAACUGAUAAUCUAUCCUUACUGAUAAAAAAUUAAAAUUCACUGGGUGAUUCUAAUAAGUAUGUAGUGAGUGAAGGUUAGAUUUAUAAUAUUCUCUAUAAAUCUUGAUUAUAAUAUGAUGAUUUUAUAUAAUUAAAACAAGCCAUAUUCUAUAAUAUUCUAUUAUAUGCUACCUAUUAUUAUAAUAUGGUUGAAAACAUUUUUAUAUUAUUAAAUAUUUAUAUGAUAUUUAAUGACAUUAAAAAUGCUAAAUAUUUUUUGAAAUAAGGUAAAAAGUUUGGGGGUAAUUUCUGUAAAAAAAAUAUUUUAGCAUUUUUGAAGAUUCACUUCUAUAAAGUAACUAAAAUUAUUUGUUCUAGGUGUGUUAUAAACCAUAAAGUAAAUGAUAUAUUGUUGGAAAAAAAUGUUUUUUUCAUAAGUAUGUUUUUGGGCUUUUAAGCAUUAUUUUAAGAAAACAGCAUUACAUUUAUAAAGUGUUUUUAUAAGUUUUAUAUAAGUGUACUGAGACUGGCUUUAUUGUUUGGUUUGGAGUGUCAGGCAGUAGACAGAUAAAUAUAACAAAAAAUGAGUGUAACAGAGAUGAGAAUGCUUAGGUGGAUGAGUGAAGAAACAAGAGAAGAUAGGAUAAGCAGUAGCUUAUUUGUGGCUUCGAUAGUAGAUAAAAUGAAAGAAAGAGAUUGAGAUAGUUUAUGCAUGCCAUGGAGAGAGGGGAAUUUGAAGUAGCAAGCAUUGUAAUGUAGAAAAGAAGACCGAAAAUAAGAUGGUUGGAUGCAAUUGAGAAUGAUAUGAGGACAGCCGGUGUAUGCGAGGAACGAAUAAGGAUCAUGUAGAAAUUAAGAGGUUGGCUGACCCCUAAUAGUUGGUAUGAAGAUGAAGGAGAAAAAGAUAGAAAAGUCUAGAAUUUAUGUAAAAAAAAACAAUACAAAUAAAAAGAUUAAUAAUAAAUAGUAAAAUAAUGGGGUAAUUAUUCUGAACUAAAUUGUGCAAAUAACUGUCUGUGUUUAAUGUAAGUGUAUUAUGGAUAGAGUUGGGAUGUUUAUACACUAAAAAAUGAGUAAAAUUAAGUAAACAAUUGGGUAAUACUCAAUAAUUAAAAUAAGUAAAUUUUACUUUUUUUUCAUUAUUUGGAACCGAUCUGGUGGGAUUUAAAAUUUUUUUUUCCCAAAACCCAAGUACAGACUAUAUAUUUAAAUUUUCUUUUUAAAUGCAAAUUUUGCUUAUUUUUUAUGCAUGUUCAGCUAUUUUGUCCAUUUUUUAGUUCAAAACUUAAUUAUGUACUUAUAGAUAAUAAUACAAAAUUAGGUACCUUGCAUUCUAUUUUAUAAUUGCAUAAUACACAUUAUUAAUAUUAUUAUGAAUACAUUUUGGUAUUCCCUGAUUAAAAUAUAAUGUAGUGUUUUGGUAUGUUUCAGGCUUAAAAUAACUUCAGUUUUGCAUCUAUUUUUUUUUCGUUUGACACAAUAUAACAUAUGUUGUGUAGUAUACAUAUACAAUUUUUUGGUAAAAAUUUGAAUAUUAUUGAUAUGGAAGGACAAAAAUUUGAUGCUUAUAUUUCAUACUUUAAUUCAUUGAAGAGUUUUUAUAUACAUAAUAAAAAUGACCAGCGAACUAUUGAAAAAAUAUUAAACAAUCUUCAACGUAUUGAGAGUGAACAUUUGACUUUGGAUUGCAUUAAACGUGGUGAUCUACUUGCUGCACUAGAUUCACAAAGUGGUUUGUGGUAUAGAGCUAAAGUUUUGAAUACCGAGGGAACUGCUUUCAAAGUUGAAUAUAUUGAUUAUGGCCAUUCAGAAUUAUCAUCAAGCUUUAAAAAACUUCCCGAAAAACUAUCUAGUUAUCCUGUUAUGGCAUAUCAUUGCACGCUUGAUAAUGUUUACAAUGCAGAAUAUAUAAUUACAACUGACAAUGAGGUUUAUAAUACAGUUUUUGAGUUCAUGACUUGUAUUGACGUAGUUGUGACUUUUUUAAAUAAUAAACAGCCUCAUUUAGUAAAAAUGAAAUGGGAUAAAAGAAAUAUUAAUAUAUGUUUAAAUAACAUAGUUUCAUAUGGCAUCACUAUUAAGACACAUGAAUCAUUAAAAAGAAUUGAUCGGCCCGGUGACAAAAUGCGAGUAAAUCUUAUUUAUACUGCUUCCAUAGAUGAAUUUUAUGUGUUAACUGAAGAUAGUAAGGAAAUUGAAAAAAAAAUUGAAUAUGAACUUGAAAAUAUACCAACUUGGGAACCGGUGACUGAAUAUACAAUUGGUAAAAUGGUAAUUGCAAAAAGUGAAACUGACAACCGAUGGUAUAGAGUAAGGAUUUUAGACACAUUCAAAGAUGGUAAAUGUACUUGUUAUUUUGUUGACUAUGGUAUUAAAGAAUAUUGUUCAGAAUUCUACAAAGCAGUUGGUUACCUAGAAUCAGCCCCUCCAUUCAUUAAACGAUGCUCAUUAUAUAUGCCUAACAUAAAAAAAAGAAGUAAAGAGUUAUUUUAUUAUUUAUCUAAAAGUUUUGUCAAUGAAAUGGAACUUAGUAAAGACAAAAAAAUGAUGAUUACUAUAAUAAAAACUGGUGAACCAUGUAAAGUUGAGUUGUAUGUUGAUGGUUUGAAUGCAGCCAAACUAAUUGAACCUAAGUCAGUGAUUGUCAGCAAGGUGGCUCAUAUUAAUGCAUUAACAGUUCAAUUAAACACACCGUGGAGAGUUUUCUUUUUAAGUGAGUUAAGUAAAAUUAAAACUUUAUGCAGAGCAAAAAAAUUAAGAUAUGGUCGAAUUUAUGGAGCUCUUAUGAAUAAUCAAUGGUAUCGAGUGAAAUUAUACAUGCACUAUAAAGACUACGAGGUUGUAGCUAUGAUAGACAUGGGCAACAGUUUAAUAAGAGUGAAAGAAUUGUAUAAGCUUCCUCCAUUUUUAAAAAAUGAUAAAUCAUUGGUAAUGUUUUGUGCACUUGGUUUGGACGAGAAAAAUGUGGAUAGAAAUAAACUACUAAAAUUGUGCAAUAAUGGUUAUACACAAUUUACUAUGAUAGUUCUUGAAAAUAAUAACAUUAAUGGUCAUGUGAUUAGAUUAUUUUUGAACAAUGAAGAUGUUCUAAAAUUAGUAUUCCGCAAUUGAGUCUAGACAUUUUUUGAAUCAUUUGUCUUAACAUAUAUUUUAUUAAUUUAAUUGCAUGGCUCACUUUUUAUAAAAAUGUUCAUUAAUAUUGCUUCCAAAG